AUGGUGUCUAAGGAAGCGAGUGGAUCCAACGGAAGUGCCACGCUCCGUCCAUCAAAACUAUCCCAGUUCUCCCCUCCUGGAAAUCUACUGGACCUGACCCUAGAUAACAGAUCUCCGUGGUCAAAUAUCAAGAUCUCAGAAUGGGUCAAUGAUGAAAUGUCUGGAAGGCGGCCGGGCCGAAUCCCACUCAAGCAGUUCUUCAACGGUACUGAUACCGCCUACCACAUUGGACAGGACGGUAUCAAGAUUAUGUGGAUAGGGUUCCCCAACAGAAUCACCAAAGCGUUCGGUCACGAUGAGAAGAAGAGAUGGACGGCCGCAGAUAUGACCCGUGACGUCCAGGACGAGUAG